ACCGAAAAGGAGUCGUGGCCUCCAAUUCCAUGGCGACACUGACGAUGACGACGGCGCUUGCCUCCCUCACAACUUCCCAUUGCUUCCCCAUUAGAAGAAGCUGUUGCAGUGACGUUAUUGCGAGUCCAAAUGGCAGAGGCAUCUAUUUUCACAACAUGCAGUAUGGUCCGUGUGGAAGCUUCAAACUCUCUAAUCUUCGUUGGGUGACUCUCCGAAGCUUUAAUACCGCCAUUUUGGCUCUUCAUUCAGGUUUGGAAGCAUCAAUUACAGAUUCAAAUGAAAAUGCGGCAAUCUUAAAAAACGCCGAAAUCGUUGUAGAAUCUGAAGAUGGAAAUAAAUUACAACUAAGAGUGGAAUUGACUGGAGAUCAAACACAAAGGGUAUUUAACCAGGUCCUUACAAAUUUAGCUCGCACUGCCCCGCCAAUUCCUGGAUUUCGAAGACAAAAAGGAGGAAAAACAUCCAAGGUUCCAGCCAGCUUUCUUCUGCAGAUGCUUGGUGAAGAACGUGUUACAAAGUUUGUAAUACAAGAAAUACUCAAUUCCACAAUGGCUGAUUAUGUGAGAAAGGAAAACCUAGAUGUGAAGCACCAGAAUGUAAGAACCAUCGAGACGGCAGACGAACUUAAAAAGUCAUUCACGCCAGGAAAUGAAUUUGGCUUCAGUGUUAUAAUUGAGCCUCAGAGUUCAUAGAAGUCGUGACAUGAUUCCGUCUCACAUGCCCUAUACGAUGAGGUAUUUAAUAGUGGUGCAUUUCAAUUGUGAGUACGAUUGCAGACGGAUUGCCCAUAAAAAAGGCGUCACGUUCAAAUGCAGGCGGCAAAAAUCGUGCAACUGAUGUGCCCAACGUUUUCUUGGAUGCUCUAAUGCAAAUCCCGCCAUGUUAAUGGUGCUCAUAGGAAUUAGGUGGUGUCAUUAGUGUUUUUUUUUUUAUAUAAUUUUUUUUUUUGGUUCUCUUCAAACUCGAGAUUGAUGAAUUGCUCAAAUCUUGAAUCUGGGGACUGAUUAUGUAGUGUAUUAAAAGAUACUGAACAAAAGAAAAGGUGGUCCUAACACGCACGGCAAGUCGGCAACGAUACUAAUUGUCUAUAACUGAAACUUACAGAGGGUUCGUGUUCAA